AAUAAUGGCGGCGAGUUCUUUUUCGUUUUGCGCUAGAAGUCUGUGUUUAUUUCCUUCUCUGAAAUUUCGAUACUUUUGUACUCAAGGUGAUUCACACACCGUUCAUGUUCCUGUGAUGUUGAAAGAAUGUCUCAGCUUUCUUGCUCCUCGUGACGGACAAGUGUUUAUAGAUGCAACAUUUGGAUCAGGGGGACAUACAGCAGCAAUCCUGUCAAGUGCAAAAUGUAAAGUUUAUGCCUUUGAUAGAGAUCCAGAUGCUAUAGAAAUAGCAAACAUCCUUUCAGAAAGACCUGAAUUCAAAGGAAGACUAAUUCCCAUGUUAGGGAAAUUCAGUAAUAUCUUUGAAAUUUUUAAAAGCCAACGUGUUAAGAAGGAGUCUGUAAACGGAAUCCUCCUUGAUAUUGGUGCAUCAAGUGUACAAUUUGACAAUCCAGAGAGAGGGUUUUCAUUUUAUAAAGAUGGUCCUCUUGAUAUGAGAAUGGGAGAGAGAGAUGAUAUGCUGGAGUCAACAGAAGGCAAGAGGUUGCUGAUGACAGCAGCUGAUGUGGUGAAUUCUAUCAAUGAAACAGAACUUACUGCUGUUUUGAGACAGUAUGGACAAGAAAAAGAAGCGGUUCGCAUUUCAAGAGCAAUCGUCAGAGCCCGGUCAAAGAUGCCGAUACUUUUCACAAGACAGUUAGCAGCCAUUGUGACUGCUGCUGUUCGUCACAGCCGGUCGGACAGAUUUGCCCGACCCAUUCACCCAGCAACGAGAACGUUUCAAGCAUUGCGCAUACUCGUAAACGAUGAGCUAAAUGAACUUCAGUGCGUCCUAAAAGCGGCGCAUAAACUUCUCCGUCCUGGCGGGCGGCUAGUGGUCAUUUCAUUUCAUGCUUUAGAAGACUCUAUUGUUAGGCAUUUCUUUAAAGAUGCGAAUUCUGAGGUGAGUUACACGCGAUCCAGAACAAACGUGGCGGGCAAAGCGAAAACAAGCGCUUGGUUGCCACUUCAUAAGAAAGUUAUUUAUCCUACCGACGAAGAAGUUUAUCUCAAUCCUCGAUCACGAUCUGCUAAAUUACGAGCUGCUGUAAAAGUGGAUAAUUUAGUAAUGGAUUUAACUGAACUCACAAGCUGGUUAGACAAGAAUUCAGGGGAAACGUUUUACAAUGGUUCAACUCCAGUCUGAACAUCUUUGGAGCAUUCAAAGUAGGAAACUGUUACUCUUUUUUAUUUUCUGGGAGAACUGUCCAUUUUUUGUACUCAAUCGUGGCCGUUUUAAUGGAUUGGAUUCUUUUUAUUGAGAGUAUUAAGAAAAACAACUCUUUGGUAAUUUUGUAUCAAGGGGUGAAAUGAACUGGAAAGUUUUGAUCUUAUCGUCGACUGUAAAUGCUGGGAAUGUGAAGGAAACGAGAGGAAACAUUGAAUAACAAAAUUCUUUUAAUACCCAA